AUGUCUGCCGAGAGGUGGUCGGGCUCGGGCCGAGGCGGUGAGGUAAGGGCGGCGGAAGCUUCUGGGCCCGCGGCGAGCUGCCUUCUAUCCCUCGCGGCAGCGGAGGCCAGGGUCUGCCGGCGCAGACCUGCCGAGCGCUCCGUGGCCCAGCAGCUACCGCGGAGUGGGACGGGGAUUUCCUACCGCACCUCCAAUCAGCUUUUGGGUCAGAGCAGGAACCGAGGUGUAGCGCAGCAGAGAUCAAAAGAUGGAGAGAAAAAAACAGACACCAGAAGGCAUGAUGGAGAUGACUCUUCUGUCAGAAUUAUGAGCAGGACUUUAUACCAGACCUCCUCGUGCAGCAGAGGUUCCAUGAAACCAGACAGGUUCAGUAAAACUACAAACGAGAAGUUGACUCAAGCUCCAAAACCAGAAUCUUAUCCUGUACUCACAUUUGAAGCUACUGUUCUGGACUUCGACAAGUCACAGAGUUUGAGAAGAAGUGAGAUACUGAAUGUACAUCAUAGGAGUGGACCACUAUGUUCAGCAGAAAGAAACAUAACGUGCCUUAGCCAACCGCAGAUGUCUCGUUUGUUGAAGACAGAGGAAGAUACCUUUGGAGAAAGCAAAGCUUCAUCAAAAACUUUAGCUGACACUACAGCCAGCUUAAUGCCCACUUCUCUUGAUAGUAGAGAUGGCUCUGCUCAGCCACAUGUGUCUUGGGCCAUGGUACUUUCACAGCCUCGGAAGAAAAUUGUGUCAUCACCAGCAUCUGAAGGCCCUUCCACAAGCAAAGGGAGGGAAGAUAGUGAAGCAAAGCAGUCAGAAACAAAAAACAAUGCUAGUGAAACUGAGCCUGAGGAAACAUCAGAAAAGAAGAAAAAAAAGAAGAAAAAGAAGAAAAAAACGAAAUCACCUGCUGAUGCAGAAAAACCUCAAAAUGAAGCUAGUAUAAUACAGGAACCGCCAAGGAUCGAGGAUGCUGAGGAGUUUCCUGAUCUGACAGCUGCUUCUGAUAAGAGAAACCGACCAGGAUCUCAGAAAUCAUCAUUUGCUCCUGCUUUUAGAAAGCACUCUGAAAUCCGUCUCCACGAAGAGCCUUGGGAUACUCGUUCUUCCACACUGGAUGGAGCUCUUAAAGUGGAUGGACUGUCAGGGAAGCAAGUUUCAUCUUCUAUAUUAGCAAGAAAGAAAAUUCAGGAAACACCCAGGAGCAGUGGUAAGAAGAGUCAGAUUCCUGUCCAAUUGGAUUUAGGUGACAUGCUGGCAGUCUUGGAACAGAAGCAGCAAACAGAGAAGUCAAAACAGUCUUCUAAGCCUGUGGUGCUUUCAGUUGGUGGUGCCAUGCCAUUGCUUUCUAAAGAACCUGCUGCAGCCACAAAAAGUCACCGGUUAAACCAAGGAAAGAUGCCGCAUAACCCUUUGGAUUCCAGCGCUCCUUUGGUAAAGAAAGGGAAACAGAGAGAAGUCCCUAAAGCAAAGAGACCGACACCUCUGAAAAAGAUUAUUCUCAAAGAAAGAGAACAACGAAAACAGCAGCAUCUGCUAGAACAGCUGCCACUGCUGAAAAAUGGAGAUACUAACUGUCACUCUGCAGAAAAUAUUACUGAAGCUGAAACCCUUGCACAGGAUAGUCAAGCAGCUGUUUCUGCAACUCAAGUUGCUGAAGGGAUUCUGAGCAGCACAGAGAUCAAGGAAUCUACAGAAAUUUGUGUGACUUCAAAGCAGCCAACCUCCAACCUUCCAAAAAUCCAUAGCAGGAAUUUCAGAGAUUAUUGCAGCCAGGUACUUAGUAAAGAAGUUGACAGUUGUGUGACAGAUCUUUUAAAAGAGCUGGUUCGUUUCCAAGAUCGCUUGUAUCAGAAAGAUCCAGUAAAGGCCAAGAUAAAACGCAGGCUUGUCAUGGGUCUUAGAGAAGUUUUGAAACAUCUGAAGCUGAAAAAACUGAAGUGCGUCAUCAUUUCUCCCAACUGUGAAAAGAUUCAGUCAAAAGGUGGAUUGGAUGAAACUCUACACAACAUUAUUGACACUGCUUGUGAACAGAAUAUUCCCUUUGUUUUUGCCCUUAAUCGCAAGUCCUUAGGCCGCUGUGUGAACAAAGCAGUGCCUGUGAGUGUGGUGGGAAUUUUUAGCUAUGAUGGGGCUCAGGACCAUUUUCAUAGAAUGGUGCAACUGACAACAGAAGCCAGGAAGGCUUACAAAGAUAUGAUAGCAGCUUUAGAGGAGGAAACUGAAGAACCAAGAGAAACCCAACCCAGCAUCUUAACCACUGAAUGUGAAAAAAAAGGCUUAUCAGAAACUGGUCCUUCCAAGGACUCUGAUGAAGAUGUACCAAAUUACAUUAAAAUCUGGAAGAGAAAACUCGAAGAAGAGUACAACCCAUAUGCACUGGAACUGGAAAAGAAUGCAGCUGCUGGCACUGCGAUAGUGAAUUCAGAAGAGCAUCAGUAAACCCAGAUCUCGUUCUAGAGGGCUUCUGAUUGUUAAUUUAUUUCUUCUUUUUCUUUUUUUUUCUUUCUUAAGGAGAUCCCUAGGAGGAGGAUAGCAAAAUAAUUUUGAGAAAUAUCUGAAGUCGGCUAAGUUAACUAAGCUGUUCAGAAUCUUUUUAAGCGAAGUGCACACUGAAGCACAUGAGACACUGGCUCGUGCUCUCCUACAUUCUGUGUAUUUGGCUGAUGACACAGCAAAUUUUCUUAGCCAUGAACCACUUGAACAGGCUUUGCACAGUGCAUUGGUUUUAUGGACUACUAUUGACUUGUUAAUGAUAAAACAUACCAAAAGAAUUUACUAGGAACACAGUUUUAUAUGGGAGAUGAUUCUGUGAGCCAGGUUUGGCCUUGUGAGGAGCUGUUUUCUAUUUUUCCACUCUUGCUUAAAGAACUUCAACUGUUUUCUAACUGUGGGUUUGGUUUUAGUUUUUUUCAUCUAAAUAAACCUGCUCAGGUGGGGAGGCUGGCAUAAAUGUCGCUUUCAGUUAGUAAGAAAUUAAUUAUGGGCAGGUAGCUUAAUUAAAACUAAUAAGGAAGGCUAAAGUAACACUCAGAAGAGCUAACUGGGAACUUUGCUAUUUUAUUUUUUGGGGAUCCAACAGCAGGGGCAAAGGAGCAUAGACUAAUAAGGUCUGAAAUUCCUGAAGUAAAAGUGUUAUGUUUAGACAUUUUAUAAAGAUGAUUAAGUUAAUGUUUCUGCUGCUACUGAGACUAGUUUGUGAUAGGUCCAAGUUUGAAGAUACUGAAGGACAGCAAAUAUGCUGGCCUGCUAUUGUAUACUUACCUUCUCCAAGCUGACAGACUACUUAUUCCUUCAGUUUGGGGUGUCAGUAGAUUAUAUAUAUAUAUAAGGUUUUGAUCAAUCUCAAUUUGUACCUAUGGUAGGGAAAAAAUAUCUGACAGGAAAUUAAAUUUAUAUCUCAGAAGAAAUGAAAUUUUAAAACCAAAAUGUGCUUGGUGGUGGAGCACCUUAGAGGGGAUGUCCUAUACAAAUACCAUUGUUUACAAGUUGCAGACAUAAUAAGGACAAGCCUAAAGCAAGUAAUUGGAAGAUGCACAUGUAACUUCUGUCAGCUGUUCUGAAAGAUGAUAUAGCUGCCAUGUGCUGCUGCCAGCAUGUCUGAAAUGUGUCUGUAAGAGCCUCACCACGUUUAACAUUUGUAGUGCAAUACCUGGGAAAGUAGCUGCCUUGUGAAGUUAGAAGUUACAUGAAAACUUUCAGUAAUUUUUGGAUUCAAACAAUUUUGUAGAAUGUAAAUGGUAUUAAAAUCUGUUACCAAUAUAUUGAUUCUAUAAAGUAUGGUUGUGACAUAA